AUGUUUGGGAAGAUUAUCAGCAAGAUCCGUUCAAAGACCAUGACUAUUACUACACGGAUAGAGGAAUACCCAGUUCCCGGGAACUAUACUGUCGAAGACCAGAAGAUAUACCAUGAAUAUCCACGGAAUAUAGCAGCCAUCAAUGCUAUCAAGUUUGAGAAUACGUUGCGUCCCAGACCCUACGAAAUAGCCGGAACAAAUCCGGAGUCCAAGAUCUUGUUCGUUGAUGUUGAUGUUCUGGACUCAACGGGGAGACAACCUUAUAAGGGCGAUGUUCUUAUUCAUGGGGAACGGAUCGUUGCUGUCGGUGAGGUACCUGACAAAGAAUCGCUCAUUCGUAACCCCGAUGUUCAGAUAUUUCAAGGAAGAGGUCGUACCUUGAUGUCAGGCCUGGGAGAUGCUCAUACCCAUCUUUCGUGGAAUGGCGGAGAUCUCAAUAAACUUGGAGAAUUGGGCGUUGAAGAACAUACCUUAUUGACAGCUAGGAGCGCAAAAUGUUACCUCGACUCGGGGUACACAAUAACAAGGUGUUGGGGCGCAGCUUCGGCAAAAGACAGGCUCGACGUCGUUAUCCGCGAUGCGAUUAAUGCCGGUGAAAUCCCAGGCCCAAGGUGCCUGGCCAAUGGUAGAGAAAUAGCUCGCAGGGAUGGAGAAUUGGUGGCGGGAAUCACCGCAUUUGCAGAUGGGCCGGAUGAGAUGAGACAGGUGAUCAGGAGUCACGUCGGGAUUGGCGUGGACCAAAUCAAGCUGAGCAUGUCCGGUGAAGAGGUAGCAGGAGCAGCAUCAAGGAGUAGUCUGCUAGCCGAUGCUAACAGGGUUUUGGUCAGAUCACGGAGAUCCGAUCAGCGGAAGACUGCUAUUUCACCGACGAAGAAACCUCUGCGAAUGGACUUGCUGGAGCGGAAGAAGGCGAAGCAUGUUGUCGUGCCAGCAAUAAACUGGCUUAUUGCCACCCUUUAUGAAGCCGGGUCUUUUGGCUAUCCCAAAGAAAAGGCUGAGCAGGUGGGAUAUAAAAGGGAACUUGACGAGGCCGUCAAAGCCCUAAGAGAGAUGCACGAGCGUGGGAUCGUUGUACUUCCCGGAGGAGACUAUGGCUUCGCCUGGACCCCCCACGGCACGUAUGCGCGAGAUCUCGAACACUUCCAGAACCUCCUCGGAUUCACCGCCCACGAAAGCAUCAUUGCCGCCACCGCAGGUGUUGCAAAGCUUUUCAUGCGUGAAUCCGAACUCGGGAAAAUCCUGCCGGGUUACUAUGCAGACUGCAUUCUGGUAGAUGGCAAUCCCCUUGAAGACAUCAGUAUCUUGCAGGAUCACGAUAGAUUGAGCGUCAUUGUAAUCAACGGGCGAGUGCACAAGGCCGGGGUCCAGGAAUACGUCGGAGCUGGGUCGUCACGGAGCCCUAAGACGGGUCUCCAGAAGUCAAAGUGA